UCAGUCAAGUGGUGAAACUGUGAACUAAAAUGGAAGCUGUGGCAGCAGAGGAAUUGCCAGAAUUACUGUUUUUCGAUACUUUCUCCCACGAAAUCAAUGAGGAAAUCAAUUUGGACUUGGUGCAAUUUCCUGCACCAGUUUUCAUCACAGAAAUCCGCAUAAUCCCCUUGGGAGCUCGGGUGGAGGCUGAUUUUCCAGGAGGUGUGAGAUUGGGUGCAACGAAUCCCUCAAAGUUCUCAAUAGACUUCUUUGUGAAUGACUUGAGCAAACCGGGAGCUUCGACAUUUGAGAUUUUGGGCAGUUUUGAGUACAAUCAGAAUGACUGCAUUCAGCUGGAGUGUCGUCCGGAGUUGGGUACUAGGUCAAUUCCUACAGAUGGAUUGGUGCUCAGGGGAUGGUAUACAACGAUAACUCUGGCAGUUUAUGGAACUCAGACGAAGAACAUCACAGAACAGAUUGCUUCGCCACCGGCUAGUAAUGUGGUUGCUCCUGUGGGAGAGACUGUGGGUAAUUCUGCGCCAGUGGAGGUUGAGACGAAGAAGGAGUGGCCAAUUGAGAUGGCAGUUGCUCCAGUUCCGGCCCUGGAAACCAACUAUGGGCACGCUGGGGCCACCACGGGGGAAAUGUACCAGGGACAGUACUAUGAGAAUCAAGAGUACCAUCCGGAAAACUAUCCUAGUGCUGUGGAUCCCAUGGUUGUGGAUAAGGAAGUUGCCCCGAAAGAUCCUAGGACUUAUGCUGAGGACAUGAAGAAGGAAGUAAAACCGUCUCAUGAUUUUGGGCAUGGGCGAUAUGAGCGACAUGAAUUUGAGGAGAGUCGCAAGAGGCCAAAAAGUCCCCCAAGUCCUCGACGUCCACGUACUCCAGAUCCUCGGAUUUCAGCCAGUUCCAAUGGAUCUGAUGAGGAUGUGUGCUCGGGAAAGGGUCAGCCGAUCCGGGUGAUAGAUCAUGGGAGCACGGUGACUGAGGAGAGAGUUAAGACCCAGCAGAGACGUACACAGAGUCCAAGUUCAACAACGGGAACACCUCUUGAAUCCCCAGCUGCCAUUGAGGAGGACAUUUGCAGUUCUGGCGAACAAUUUGAGCCCAUCCUCAGUGACGAGGACAUUGGGGAUGAUGAUUCAGGAGACAGUCAAUUUGACAUGGAUUUUGAAUGUGAGGAUUAUUCAGAAGAAUUCACCAAAUCCUUCAAUCCCUUCACAGUGGAACUUUCAGCUUACACUCCACGCACCAGCAAGCAACUAACGAAAGAAUUCGAUUCCAUCUCCCUGAUCAUUGACAAAUUCCAGGGACGCUUCUCCGAUGAGCUCUCCUGGAGCAAAUUUCCAGAUUUAAGCUACGACUGCAAGGAAAAUUGGGUUUACUCCACGGAGAGGAUUGUUCAGUAUCUAUCCUCGAGUUAUCAAUGGGAAAGAUCUGUAGUGAUGCCCUAUUUGAAGUCCCUGCUAAAGGAUGAGAAGAAAGCAGAGAGUAUCAUCGAAUGGAUUGCCGUGGGAUUGAGCUAUGAAGCAGCAACAUCGCAGCAAACCUACAAAGUUCGUCAUCUCAAGGCUGGAAUUAGGUUAACGGAACUCCUUGGAUGCUACGAGGAUAUCGUGAUAAUGCUCGUGAAAAAGCGGAAAUUUGAUGUUUUUGGGGCACUUUUUGGGCUGCUGAGGCAGGAAUUUAUGGCACUCUCCCUUCAACUUUUCAUCCUCAGGGCAAUUUCUUCAUUGCUGGACACUAAAAUUGGCGUUGACUACUUCCUGGGAGAAGGAGAUAAUCCCACAAACAGGUACUGCGAAUUGCUGAAAAUGAUUGAGGAAAAUCCAAAAAUAUGCGUAAAAUUUGCCCUCAAAGCACUCGUAAAGAAGAUCAAUCUCUAUGAAUCUCUCAGUCUUAUCCGUGAUUUGACAUCAAAGUGGUUUAUUGAAUCUGGAGGAGGAAUUAGUGAAGAAGAUGCCAAUCUUUUGACAUCAUGCCUUGGUGAAGUUAUAAAUGCGUAUACCUGGGAUGAGAAGAGCUAUGCUCAGCCCAAGGGAUUAUUUCCGAUUGUGAAGAAAAUUGAGCAUGUUCAGGAUCCGGUUGUCCGUCGUGGAACAUCUCAUGGAUUUCAUGCUCAUUUUCGCAUUCAUUCCUUGUUGGAGUCUUUGGUGUUGCUGGUGACAAAUUCCCAUGCAAUUUCCGUUGAUUUGAUGGCCAGAUCAUUGAAGAUGAUUGUGGCUCUUGUGAGGAAUCUCAGUGGAUUGAAUUACUUGACGGAAUGCAUUACUGCGACGAAUUUGUUGCAGAGAUGUUUAUUGCAUGAGGGAGCUGCCAAUGAAGAUGCCUAUCCGAAUCCUGGGAGAGAGAUUAAAUCACACAGAAUUGCCAUGGAAAUUAUUUAUAAGGUGCAGACAAAGUUUCAUCUUGAUGCAAUGUCGUGUAUUAAAGGGGAUGACGAUGAAUUGGUUGAGCAUUUAUUUGCUCUGCAUGCAUUGACAGUGACGACAGGAAGGUGUUUUGUGGUGAAUUAUCUGACCAUGGAGGGAAAUAUUGGGAUUAUUUUGGGUCUGAUAAAUGCCCAGAAAAAUUACUAUGCUGAACAUCCGGAGAGUGGAAAGUGUAAAUCUCCUGUGCUCAAUUAUGCAGUUGAUAUUUUGGAUUGUGUUAUAAGGAAUUGUACAAAUGUGGGAUUUUUAGUGGAUUCUGGACAGGCAAUUGUCAAUGUGGUGAAAAAUCAUGAGAUUUUUGAAUCUUCCGUGUCGGCAAUGCUACAGGAAAUGGCGAUAUAUAUGAAACCAUUGGAGAUUUCAACAAUUUUUUCCUACAAUGAUGUUCAGUCUCUGUGUGAAGUGAUAAAGAGGAGUUUUGAUUUUUUCACCACUUUCCCGGGAGAUCUAAUAACUGCCCUUCGGAUUGCUAAAUUUCUGGCCAUUCCGGAGGCAUAUGGUGAGGAAAUUGAGAAGUGGAAUGAAGCUGAUGAUGAUACCUUGGAAUUGAGGUAUAAAUUCUUUGUGAUGCAAUUUUAUUCGGCUGAUGGUUUGGCUCUGAUGACGUCGAUUCUGGAGAAAAUGGUGAAUUUCUAUCAGCAACCAAGUGUCCAUGUGGCUACUUUGGCGUCUAAUCAGGGUGUUCUGACAAUGCAAAUUCUCCUGCCGACACUUCAGGUGCUCCGAAGACUAAUGACUUGUGUUAUCCUGGCAAGAAAUACUCAAUUCAGGGAUACAACUGCCAUUGAAAUCCUCCUGCAGAUUUACAAUCUUACUCACUGCGUUCCCAGGUCAGGAGCAGCCUAUGCAGAUGCACAAAUGGCUCAAGAAGAAAUUAUCAAAACUCUCCUGGUUUAUACGCAACCAACACCAGAGGAAGGAGUAGACACAGAAUCGGUCCGGAAGAGUUUGUGGACUCAUCUAAUUGGUGAUCUCAUUAAAUUCACCCUCAAAGGACCCUCAACAUUCCUUCCUGGAUUGUUGGUUUUUUCAGAACUUCUUCCACUUCCACUGCCAAUUCCCACUCGGGAUUCCCUCAGUGAUGCCGAAGCAGCUAAAAUUGUCACAGAAAGACAACUCUGGUCAGCUCAUCUUCAUCCACAAUCCACCAAUCUCAUCGAACUCAUUCAGAGUCUCUGUACAUCGAGCUAUCCACAAUUGAUCCUUCUACUGAGUCGUGUUUGUCUCCAACUGGCAGAUUUGGCACCCAAUAUGAGCCUGAUGGUCUCAAAGACAAUCAUCAAUCUCCUUCUGGCUGAUCCAUUGACAAAUGGAGUUGCCACGAGUCAUCAGAGUCGUCUGAUUAAUUUCUUUGCCAGUCUCGUGAGUCAUCCUUCGGUAAAAGUGUCUGUCUUGUCAAUUUUACCAGGAAAGCUCAUGGAGCUCUUUGUGGCAAUUCUGUCCACGGAGAAUACCUCAGUGGCACACAUUCAGGCCCAGGAGAAUGUCUAUGAAGCUCUACAGGCUCUGCUGGACUCUGAAAUAACCAUGAUUGCGCCAAAAAAUGCAAAAAGUCGUGAAUUGGCUCUGGCUUGUGCCUUUCCAAGCAAAGAACUUCUCCUGCCCAUUGUUAAUUGUGUCCUGGAUAACUUCACAAUGGACUCCAUGCCGUGUCCACUAACAUCACUGAGGACGAUGCUUCUCAUGUCUGAGCACGAUGUUAUGAUCAAUUUGCUGUAUAGUGAAUUUGUUAAGAGAAAAAGUGCUGUUGGUGAAAUUCUCAAAAAACUCGUGAGUAAUUUCACAGAGAAUGUUGAUCAGAAUAGGGGUAUUAUUGAGACUCUGAUUGAUUUUUUGCGAACACUCAUUGCCACUGAAGUGGUUGAAGAUAGUGAAAAUCAAUUGAUACCACCAAGAACUCUGACUUUGUCGGGUAAUCAGUUGGCAUCGAUGAUAAAUUGGUGUACAGAAUCUAGUGAGAGAGUUAAAGACAAUGUUGAUGAUAUUCAUGCUCUAGUGAAUUUGCAAAAAUUCCUGGAACAGGAUGAAAUAUGUGAGAAGCAUCAAUUGGAGGGGAUGUUGGAGAAUAUUCGGCAAAUUGUUGAAUUUAUUGAGAAGGAGAAGGAAUUAACGGGAACAGAUCCCAUCUUGGAGGUUAAUGUCGAUGCAGCUCUGCCACAAGCUGAAGGAAUUGUCACGCAAUAUGCAUCAAGGAUAAUUUUUGAUGUGUCUGAAGGCGUUGGAGAACGUCUUACAGUCAAUUACUGGCUCAAUUCGCCAGUUUGUUCCAAGGACUUAGUCGAAGGGAUGGAACAAAUCCCUUGUGAUCUAGCUGAAAUGAUUAGAGUUUGCCUUCCGGCAGAGACAAACAUCGUGGCUGAUUGCAAGAGACUUCUUCAUCUGGUGGUGUCUCCACAGACAACCCGCGAACGUCCCAUUGCAGCACCAUGCUUCAGGACGCGUCGUGUUGAGGUGGAACCAUCAACUGGAAGGCCAGAAAAAAAGAUAUUUGUGACUCCUAUGAGAGGCAGAGGUUUUCCGAGAACACCCCAAGCCAGAGGAGAUUUGUUCAGAUCUCGUCCGCCAAAUACAUCCCGUCCACCGUCACUCCAUGUGGAUGAUUUCCUGGCCCUGGAAACCUGUGGGGCUCAACCGACUGGACCAACGGGCUACAAUAAGAUCUCUCGUGACAUGAUCAGUAUCCGGGGUAGUCGGGGUGGCCGAGGAAGGGGUGGUUUCGCGUCAGAUCGGGGUCGUGUGAAUUUGGGGGGUGCCAAUGGAUCGGGGGGAGGUGGUGUCUAUCGACCAAACAAUUCACCAACAACCUGGACAAAUCCCCAUCUAACGCAGCAUAUGAUGGUGGAUUCGGGGCAGACGCAAUCUGGGGGACACUUCAGGAGUACCGAUGGGGCGUCUGCCAGUGGUAUUGUGUACGGUGGGGACUACAGGGAGUCACAGAGUCAUUUUGGUGGGGCUGCUACGAGGGCUAGGAUGACACGGGGCUUCGUGAGAUCGACAGCGAGAAAUUUUACACGGUAAAUUCUUCUUUUUUAUCUCCAUGAUUUUCUUUUUUUUUAGUAUUUUUAUUUCAUCCAAUUUCUGGGUGGUUCGUCUCAUUGCUGGCAUUAAAGUCUCUUCAAAUUGCCUGAUGAUGUGAUUUGAUUAAUUAUUGGCACACAAAAAUAUGAAGUAAAUGAAGGAGUAAGAAGUUUAUUAUGCUGUGUGCGAGGGAGGGGGCAGGGUUUUGUGUGAAAAGAGAGCCGGAGAGAAUGUGUGAAGAAAAUAUAUAUGAAAAGAAGUUUUUUUUUUGCAUACAGAGACAGAAAAGUUGACAAUGCAAAAUCAGCAA